AUGCAAUUCAAAUCCACCGCCCUUAUGGCUCUGGUCACCCUCACCACAGCAAGCCCUAUCACCAAAAGAACCACAGACACAGUGACGGACAGCUGGCCUGUCUCGGGCUUCAGUGUCGGCUGCUCUCCUGCCGCAUGCGUCUACAAAUUCGCCGUAACCCGCGCCGCCGGCCCUUACAAUCCAGGCUUUAACACAACCUGCGAAGGCAACGACUACACAUCCGACUGGCAAUCGUGCGGCGAUUCCUCUGUCUCGGCAAAGAUUGUGCCCAAGACAAGCCCGUUCUGGGAGGUGGAUGUUAUGCAUACAUAUGACACGGUCAACAAGGAAGGGUGGGCGCAGGCGUUGGCCAAUGCGACGGUGGAGGAUACAGUGUCCAACUUUAUUGUGACGAUUUAUCAGACUGAGAGUGUUGAGUAA